UUCGACCAGUCGUGGGACCGGUUGAUCAUCGCAACUCGCAGGCCGGCAAGCCGCAGCCCGCAGUCAACGUCUGUACUUCAUUGUGCCGGCACGUCAAUACAUUCCGUGCUACCUGUUGACACUGCACGGGACGCACGUUGUUUCGCCGUCCGUGCGUUAUAAUGUCGCCAAUAAUAAUCACGACGGUCCUGUUCAUUCUCUUGUCCGUCCUCCCGCCGUCACGGGCUAAUGAUACUUGUAUAUGGUACGGAGAAUGUGAAAAAGUAGAUGAUCUUCGUGUACUCAAUUGCCAUUAUGAUGGACCCCCCAAACCAAUGACCGACCCAAAAUCUAUAGAUGUUCUUAAAACGUGGUGUCCUGAUUUCAUACAAGAUCAUUCAAAAGACGGAAAAACUCUUAAUACGUGUUGCGGAGUCGAUCAGCUUUCCACAUUAGGCACAAGUAUUGUACAGGCUGCAAACUUUUUACACAGAUGUCCGUCAUGUAUGAGAACAUUUGGAAGAUUUAUCUGUGAGUUGGCUUGUUCACCGACGCAGAGCCGAUUUAUGAAUGUCACCAAAUUGACGACAAUAGGUACUUCGAUACAAGAGUUGGAUUUUUAUAUUUCCGAUUCGUAUAUGCAAGGGGUUUACGAUUCGUGUAAAUCCGUGUCAAACCCGGCUACUGGUGAAUUAGCAAUGGAUGUUAUAUGCUCAGGAGCAAUAGCCUGUACAGCGCAAAAAUGGUUUCGAUUCUUGGGAAAUAAUUCAUAUCUAGGUUUCGUUAUAAAUUUCAUACCAGUUGUAAAAACUGAUAAUCCCCAGCGGUUUGUAGCCCCAGUAAUACCGUGUAAUCAACCGGUAGAUAAUAAAACUACUGCUUGUAGCUGCAUGGACUGCGAUGAAAGUUGUCCAUUGCCGGAUAAAAUACAAGAACCUCAAAAAUCGCUCAACGUAGCGGGUAUUGAAAUUAUAACUAUGUCAUCGGCAAUUUUGUUUGGUUUCAUUAUGUCGAUAUUUGCAGGAUUCGUGUGUUUUAAAGAUGUAAUAAAGAACAGAAACAAGAAAAAAAAUGAUAAACAUAAGUACAUUGUUGCUGAGCGUACUAAAACAAAACAUAAAAAUAUGUUGGAAAAAGUUUUUUAUAAAAUUGGAAAAUAUUUCGCGAGUAGAUCACAUAUUUCACUUAUGGUGUCAGUGUGUCUGAUUACCACAUUAAGUCAUGGUAUUCACUACAUUAAGAUCACAAUCGAUCCAGUAGAUUUAUGGUCAUCUCCAAGCAGCCAAUGUCGGCAAGAGCGUGAAUAUUUCAACACAAACUUUAAGCCAUUUUUUCGAACUACUCAAGUCAUUAUCGUGCCAAACGGAAUACGAGACGUGUUCUAUAAUACUUCUGAAGGUUCAUAUACAUUUGGACCAGUGUUUAACCGUACUUUCUUGCUGGAAGUUCAAAAACUACAACAGCAAAUUGAAGCCUUGGGCAGCCCAUUUAACGGACUAGACAAAGUGUGUUUCGCACCACUUGUAUCUAAAUUCGGAGGUCCACCAAAAGUUUCGGAUUGUGUAGUUCAAAGUGUUUGGGGCUAUUUUGGAAACAAACCUUACAAACUGAACCGUGAUAGUUACUUUGAUAAAUUAAAAAUGUGCUUUCAUAAUCCGUAUAAUCCACUAUGUUUAGCACCUUACGGGGGUCCAGUAGAUCCGUCUGUGGCUCUUGGAGGCUUUUCCAAUUCCAGUGAACCAAUAACUAAAAUGUCUCCUUAUGAAAAAGCAACAUCGUUGUUAUUAACAUUUAUACUCAACAACCACAACAGCAAACCAUUGUUAAAAGAUGCACUAGAAUGGGAAAACAAGUUUUUGGAUUUUAUGAAGAACUGGACUAUGGUAUCAAAACCGUCUUUCAUGGAUGUAGCUUAUUAUUCUGAACGUUCGGUGGAAGAUGAGUUGGAUAGAGAAUCUCAUUCAGAUGUGUCUACAAUAGCUAUAAGUUAUUUAGUCAUGUUCUUAUACAUAGUUUUUACUCUUGGAUGGAGUAAAAUCUUACUAAGUUUUUUCGGAAUCGUAAUCGUUAUAUCAUCUGUUGUUUGUUCAGUUGGUUUUUACGGUUUAAUUGGUAUACCGCUGUCCUUGAUCGUACUGGAGGUCAUACCUUUUAUUGUUCUUGCUGUUGGAGUUGAUAAUAUAUUCUUAAUCAUUUGUACGUAUCAACAAAUGGACAUGAAAGAAGACGAAUUGGUUCCCGAUUACAUUGGUCGUAUUUUAAGCAAAAUCGGACCGUCAAUUUUCAUCACUACUCUCGCAGAAAUCACAUGUUUUUUUAUCGGCAGUUUGUCUGAUAUGCCCGUAGUUCGAUCUUUUGCAUUAUACGCAGCGAUGGCUUUAGUGUUCAAUUUCUUGUUACAGAUGUCUUGUUUCAUAGGUUUAUUAGCAUUAGAUGCUAAACGAAAAACAGUUAAACAAGAAAUUAAAAAACAAAGUUUAGUGUUCACCACGUUUCAAAAAUUAUACGUUCCAGCUAUAAUGAACAAAUAUGUUAGACCAUUAAUUGUCUUAUUAUUUAGUGCAUGGCUUUGUAUGAGUAUUGUGGUUAUUCCAAAAAUUGAUGUGGGUCUGGAUGUUGAACUAACUAUGACCCAUGAUUCAUAUGUGCUUAAAUAUUUUAAAUUUAUGAAACAGUACUUUUCGACUGGACCUCCUGUUUAUUUUGUGGUUACUGACGGGUUGAAUUUGACCGAUGUUAAUGACCAAAAUCUUCUCUGCGGUGGUAUUCAUUGCGAUCAAUCUUCAAUCGCCAAUCAAAUUUACAGGGCUUCAAAAAUGGCAAAUGUAACAUACAUAAACAGGCCUUCAACGUCGUGGAUUGAUGAUUAUUUCGAUUGGUCUUCUCUUUCAAGUUGCUGCAAAGUGACUCAGAACAAUAGUUUUUGUCCGCACAGCAGUGAAGAUUGUACAAGCUGUAAUAUCAUUAAAAAUGAUUGGGGUCGCCCAGAUGUGCAACAUUUUGCAAAGUUUUUACCAUAUUUUCUCCAAGAUAGUCCAGAUCAAAAGUGUUCGAAAGCUGGACAUGCAGCUUAUAGUGAUGCAAUUUCUUUCAAAAAUAAUUCAACCGGACCUAAUUAUUUUAUGACUUUUCACACUGUAUUGAAAACAUCCAAAGAUUAUUAUGAAUCAAUGCGCUCUGCUAGAUCAAUAGCAAAUAAUAUGACUGAAACAAUUAGAAGAAAAAUUCCAAAUACGACCACUGUUGUGUUCCCAUACAGUGUUUUUUAUGUGUUUUAUGAACAAUAUUUAACCAUAUGGCAAGUAUGUGUUCAGCAUUUAGUGUUGUCGUUUGUAAUGGUAACUUUUGUAGUGUGGACGUUUACUAAUUUCGAAAAAUCUUCAGCUUUUACUCUUCUAAUUGUUAAUACAAUGAUAACUGUUGAUUUGUUAGCAUUUAUGUAUUAUUGUGAUAUUUCUUUAAACGCAAUAUCGUUGGUAAACAUUGUAAUGGCAAUAGGAAUAAUGGUUGAAUUUUGUGGCCAUAUAAUUUUUCACAACGCAAAAUCAAUUAUUUCUUGUCCAAUUCAACGUGCUACUCAUUCUUGUGUAGAAGUUGGGAGUUCGGUGUUUUCUGGCAUUACUUUGACAAAAUUUGCUGGCCUUGCCGUACUCGGUUUUGCUAACACACCAGUAUUUAAAAUAUUUUACUACAGAAUGUACAUGGGUAUUGUUAUUAUUGCUGCAUUGCAUAGUUUAGUGUUCCUGCCAGUUUUACUAAGUUACAAAGGUUCAUAUCAUGUCCUAGUAGAACAGACUGAUUGUGCUAAGAAAAAAACUAGAAGUUGUAAGCUGCAACUAUUAGAAGUGAAUGUACUUUGACGAAAGAAAAAUAUCAAAAAUAUAAUCAAAACAUUUUAAUUUACUGAUGUUGAAAAAAAAACAAUUCUGUGAUACAUUUUUAUAAUUUUUUAUGUUAGGAUAAUGCAAUUUUUGCACUUAAAAUGUCAACUGUUAUAAGUUAUUAGAUAUAAUAUGAUUAUCAUCUAUAGCAUUAUUCAAUUUGUGUUUUUAAAUAGGUAGUUUUUAAUUUAAAAAAAAACAAAAAUAAAUGUUAAUGAAUUUACGAAAUAAUGUAAGUAUUAAAAUAAAUUAUUAUAGAAUUAGCUGAUUUAGUUAGUUUUAAUCAUAACUAUCUCAUUAGAUAAUCAUGGUUUUAAUGUAAUAAUCUGGAUGUUAUAAUGCAUCAUGUUUGUUAUUAACUUUAUUAGUAUUAAUAUAAUUUGUAUGAUAAACAUCUGUAUUCUAUAAGACAAUAUUAUUACAAGUAAAAUAAUAUCAAUAUGUAUUUGAACACUAUAGCCUAUAGGUAAGUUAAGUUAGAUUAAGUUGGCCUACAUUGAGAGUUAUUAUAAUUUAAAAUGAAAGAGGCACCGAAAGUUGGAUUUUCUUAUGACAAAUCAAAAAUAUCAUAGGUGCAUCAAUAUUUGGAGAAUUUUUUUGUUAAUACUUGUGGGUUGGUGGGUGCUUAAGCUUUAAAAACAAUAAUGUGAUAGGUGUUACAACAUCAGUGACUGGGUUAAAAAAAAAAAUGUCGUUUAUACAAUGAACCACAAGUUAGCUAGAGUAAAUUGAUUAUUA